UGUGCCGGGUGUGUCGGCACACUGGCAGGCGCUUCUUACCCUAGAAUUGCUCUUUGUCGCUUCGUUUAACCAGUUCAUGCGUCUCUUGGCCACUGAAGCUGUUUGGUGUUCUUCUGGAAAGUCCACGUCCUCCUGGGAUCUGGAUGAGAGGAGCGAGACAGCGUCUGUUUCCGCAUUUGCGAGAGUCUGCGGAACUGCAUGCGCGGAACACGAAUGCUGGACGAGGAUCGUCUGUUGGCAUUCCUGACCAAGCUUGCCACUCUUUUCUCAGCAAAUGGAAAGGCACCUGCCUCUGUCCUUGUUCCAACUCUGUCUGCGCUAAAAAUCGCGAUUUCAUGGGCUCAAAAUGUCCGUGUUUUCAUCCGUUUCUGUCGGGGCCGGCUAGCCGGAGCCCUGACAACUUGCUCUUGGCAGCAUGACUUUCGUUCGCAAGCUUCCCCCUCCGGCCUUCGUCUGCAAAAUUGAUGCCGCAGUGUAAGCACCAGGGACUUUUCUCGAGUGAAAAACUGCGUCUUCGUCGUUCCCCUCCCUUCUUGGCGGUGUAAUUCCCGUGGCGCGCCUGGCGCAUGCUCUCGAGUCGGUUUCUCCCGUUCUGCGUCCGGCGACAGUCCGUGUCGCCAUGACCCCUCGUUCUUCACUUCCCUGUCGCUUCCACCUUUCCCUUUGGCGACGCCUCUUUCCCAGUCCCGUUUGCUGUUUCGGUCUGUCCGUCUUUCCGGCUCUUUUUCUCACCCGCGGUCCGUUCACAUCUCACGUCACUCUCGUGGAAACGCGCUUGCUUCAUAUUACCGACACAGCGCGUUCCUUGCCCAUCUCAGCUUCCUACUGGUCUCUGUUCGUCUGUCCUUUUCCUUUGACUGUCUGACGGCUGCCCACCAGCAACCCAAAGACGAAUCUCGCGACGCCUGUGUGGUUUCUGGGGCUUCGUCGUAUGCGCUGCUGCGAAAUCCGAGAUAACGCGGAGAGAAAACGACUACUCUGAUGCUAGGACGAGCUGUCCCCUCGCAUUCGGAGAAAAAGUGCCUGGAGGAGUCAUCGUCGAACGCAGUCUCUCACUGUCUUGAAAGGUGAAUCGACCGCGGGCGAGCUUCAGAACAAUUGUAGUCUGUAGGCUGUGAGAGGCGGAGACUCGAUGCGGAGCGUCGGUUACCGGGGAGCAGCAGGCACAGGAAAGAAAGGAGGAAGCAACGAAGGAACUUUUAGAGUUCAAUCGGCUGCCUCCGAGCCAUGAAAGGAAAUCGAUCCGCCCUUCAUUUCGAACGUGAGAGCGACAAAAGGUUCUUUUCGCUGGGUGUCUUUCGCUCGCGUUCUGCUUGUCUUCCUUUCGUUUUCGACGAGAGGGGAAACGUUUCUGUGGGCAGGCACAUUAGAGGGACAUCUAGACGUCCUUCGAUCAUGGCAUCCUGAAGACCGCGGUUCCGACUGUAGCGAGAGGAGAAGCGACGCGUCACGGCUCUUUGCGCAGGUGACGUUUCCUCCUCGACAGCGCCUCGCUCUGCUUUUCACCCUCGCACAUUCAUUCGAAGCGAGCAGGCCGAGACACAUGCCCCGGAAAAGCAGUGAAGUCUACUUCUCCUUCUCCUCCCCAACCUCGGAAACGCCAUGGCGAGGUUUUGCGGAUCUCCGCCUCCUUGCUCACCCAAGGAGAGACCUGACGACAGACCCUCCCCUUCCUCUCCGCCGUCACUGUCUUCGUCAGCUCCACUGUCUUUGAGGGCGUCAGUCUCGCCUGCUUCUCCGUCCUCUCGUUUGUCUUUCCCUCCUAUCUCCGAUCUCUCUUAUUACUCCUCUCGCUCUCCGCCUUCUUCCUCUGCCUUCUCUUCUUCCUCGUGCGCUUCAGUGGCGCUUCUGAUCGAUGAAGAGGAAAUGGCGUCGCCGUUCUCUCACGCUGGCCCCGCGUCUCAUCCAGAGUCUCCCUCGCGCAUUUCUGCAAUUCUCCGGACUCUCGUUCACCACGGAUGGCUCUCGAGAAAAACCGGCAUGGGUGUGCAGCAAAGCGAAGACGCAAGCGAAAAGCCGCAAACGGAAGAGACGCACCCUGCAGUUUCGUCCCUCUCUCCGCCUACCUCAAGCGCAUGCGGUGAGACACAGGCGGCUCACACUGAUGGCCGCGAGCAGCGGCGGAGUCUCCUCGGUCCCGCAACAAAGUCAAACGCCGUUCCAGGUGUCUCCGAAUGCCCCUCCCUUUGUUUGUACGAGUCUCCCUCUGACGGCGCCUCCGUCUCUCUUUCACCUCCUGGCGAGGACGGCGCUCCUCCCGUGUCUUCGCGUUUGCCUGCAUGCUCCUCCAGUGAAGGACGCCGUCUCCGUGAUUUUGACGCUUCUGUCCCCAGAGAGUCUCCUCCCGCGUUUCCCUUUUACUCGACGCAUCCGAGCCUUUUAGUUCUUCCCUGUGGGCGCCUGGCGACAGACGAAGAGCUCUGCUUCUGCCACACUGCUGGUUACGUUUCCCGCGUCGAGUCCGUUUUUCCUUCCUUGGGAUCCUCUCUGCCGAGAAAGGCCGCGAAGGCGGGGGCGGCGAAGGGGCGAGGCGUUCCAGGGGAGAAGGAGAAGAAGGCGCUGCAUGCGUCGCUGCCAGAUCGUUUCAAGAAGGGCAGGAGAUGGUCUUCUCACAAUGUAGACACGGAUAGUAAGUCGACGUCUUGUCAUUCUCCCUCUGCCGCGUCUUCGGCAGAUUCGAGUUUGUCUGCUCAAAGUUCUGCGUCCUCUCCGUCUUCGCGUGCGUCUUUCCCUCUUCCUUCUUCUCUUUCUGUCGUCUCGGUCUCAGAAACGCCGCCCUCGCCGUUCUCACGCCUGAACGCCGCAUCGGCAGACUCUUCCAGCAACGCCUUCGACUGUCACCUUUCCACGCACCCCAGGAGUCUCGACGGUACGCAACCGGCUCUGUUUCCAGGAAGUUGUGGAGGAGAAGGGAACUCAGGACAUCCAGUGUCCAGGUCCGAGGCACUCUGUGAAGCGGAGACAGUCGCGUCGAGCGAGGUGCAUGCAACGCCUCUUGCGGAGGUCACACGCGCUCCAGGCACAGGCUUCGGGGGUGCAGCAGCAGCGCGAGAAGAAGAGAAGAGCGAGAAGAGAGAGGCCGUAUUUCCUUGCUCUUCGCCGGUGUCUCUGUCCGUCUUGUCGACCGCGCCCUCGACCGUCGCCUCCCUGGAAGAAUCUAGCGAUGCCCGGACUGCAUGCGACGCGUACGCAGCUUCUUUGGAAGCUGAACCAUGUGCGGUGACAGACGCGAAGCCGAGCGCUGCUCUGCCACCAGCGCUCGCCGUUUCGUCUUCCUGCGAGUCUCAUUUGUCUUCUGAGGUGACAGAGGAGCUGGGGAACAACGGCCCGGCGUCGCCGGCGCUGCCGCAGUUCGUCAAUCUCUUCGGAGGAGACACCUUCAUCUGUCCCCGCACACCCCACACUGCGCGCCUGGCUGCAGGCGCCGCCCUCGAGCUUUGCGACCUCAUCUACGGGUCCCCCACCGUCGAGAGACACAAGGAGACUCGCCGCAAGAGACAGGGGCUCAGGCGGAAGGAAAGCAAGGGAGAGAGACACGCUGAGCGACACCGUGAGAGACAGCAGCAGGGGGGACGUCAAGAGAGACAUCUCGAAGGAGACGAAGAGCUGAAGGCGAGAGAGGGCGAAACGGAGGCGCGAUUGGCAUCUGGCGUCUCCGACGAAGGGGGACGCGGGGCCUGUUCUGGUGUGUGUGACGGGCGAGACAAGCAGGACAGUGAGAGGGAAGAUGACACACCAGCAGCGACAGAAGAACAUGGCGGAGAAGAUAGACGAGAUGACACACCAGCAGCGACAGAAGAACAUGGCGGAGAAGAUAGACGAGAUGGCCCCAAUGAACAGCGCCAAGAGAACAAAGUGAAACGUGGUUUUGCGAUUAUUCGUCCGCCUGGCCAUCAUGCAUGCUCGCAUGAAGCAGCGGGUUUCUGCAUCUACAACAAUGUCGCCCUCGCCGCGAACUAUCUUCUCGCAAAUCACGGCUUGUCUCGAGUCGCGAUUCUUGACUGGGAUGUGCACCACGGCAACGGGACUCAGGACUUGUUCUAUAACUCUUCCUCCGUCCUGUAUUUGUCUGUCCAUCGGUUCGAAAAAGCCAAGCCAGUCUCCGCUUCGCAUGGAGAGGCGCUCCACGCCUCCCCGUCUCCUGGCGCAGGCGCCGCCGGCCCCAGUCCAGAGUCCCCGCGCGCUUCGGACUCUCCGGCAGCGUCGGGCGCCGCCUUCUACCCUGGCACGGGGUCUCUGACGGAGACAGGUGUCUCUGUGGGGCGCGGGUACACGAUCAACGUCCCGCUGUCCAGGGGCUACACGGAUGGAGACAUGUUUUGGGUAUUCUGUGGGGUCAUCGCACCCGCGCUCACGGCCUUCCGACCGCAGGCGAUCCUCGUCUCUGCAGGCUUCGAUGCAGCUGCCGGCGACCCUUUGGGUGGCUGUCUCCUGUCUCCUGCGCUCUUUGCCUGGAUGACGAGGCAGGUGUGUCGCCUCGCCGACAUCCACUGCGAAGGGAAAGCUCUGUUCUUCCUCGAGGGCGGCUACCAGGGAGACGUUCUGGGAGCCUGUGUCGAGGCCUGCGUCGCUGCCCUGGUCAACCUUUCAGAAGAGAACAAGCCGGAGGAGAGGCACAGGCCCAAGGAGACGGCAGACACCGCGGAGGAUGCGGGAAAAGGCGAAGAGAAGCCGGUGAAGAGGAGAGAGAGUCCAAGGGGGGCGAGAGACAGGGGGAGAGAUUGCGUCGAUCAAACGGUACAACUCUGUCAAAAAGAGCGAAGGUCGAGGGACGAAAACGAGGCUGCAUGCAGCCGAUCUCUCCUCUCUGGAAGGCUGGGGGAGACCCUCGCUCGUCUCGAUUCGGGGAUUCUGCAAGGCGUCGAAGAGGGCGUUGAAUUGCCAUCGACAGAGGGUCCAAGUGCGUGUGGUUCACCUCCCUCGAUCUCGCUGCCGGCCUCGCUUCGCGUGCAUGCGAACCCACCAGGGUGGCCGCCCUUCCGCGUUUUGUCUCCGUCGUCGGCGUCUUUUCCUUCUCCGGCGUCUCCACUCUCGUCGUAUGCACUGCCCCGCCUCCUGGAAGAGCCUGUCGCGGCCUUCUGCCCAAAGUGUCGCCACCGCGUCCGCAAACGGACCAGCUUGUCGGCAACGUCUUCGGCUGGGGAGGCUUUGUCUCGAGGGGCUUCAAGGCGCGCUUCAGCAUGCAACUCUGAUCUGUCCUUCUUUGUCGAGAAACGCAAAGAGCCAAAGUUCGUUCCCGAACCGUUCCCGCCUGCAGAACGCUGGGUGGUGAUCCCCCCGAGCGCGGUCGACGUGGCGAUGCGGGACGCUGGGGACGUGGCUCGUUGGGCUCCAACCGCGACCGCGGAGACACCCCGCCGGAAGAAGGGCCGCGGGGACAGGAAGAAGAAGGGGGAGAAAGGCCGGAGCGAGGCGCGGAAGAGCGGGUCCCGGAACGCGAACUGCGAGGAGAGAGACAGUCACGAGGACGUCGCCCUACGCCUCCAAGGAAUCGCUUCUGAGGUUGAGACGGAGACUGGUCGAGCGACCCCUGUGUCUGUGUCCGAGUCGUGCCUGUCGCCCUGUUCGAAUGUCUUGCUUCCAGCGUUUCCGGCGGACUCAGCGCGCUUCGGAUCGACUCUUCGUAACCCUUGCCCGACCGUCCGGUCCCCAGGCGCUCUGUCGCAGGGUCAUGGCUUGCCCGCCGUUUGUCCCCAGUUCGGUUCGCGGCCCUCCUCGCCAUCGACUGUUCUCUCCCUCUCGCCCCUCUGCAAGGUGUGGGCGUCGUCGCCGGCCUCCCGGCCCACUGAGGUCUCUUCUGCAUGCGGACCGCUCAGCGACGAGGUUACGUCUCUCUGCCCUGGAUUUCGCUUAGAUGCAAUCGAAGAAGGAAGCCAAGAGAUGACAAAUUCUCAACUCCCGCAGGUUCUUGGAGCCCUCUCUGCGUCGUCGCUGGCGGCGACGCCAGGUCCCCAAUGUCCGACCUCUCCCGCGCUCGUCUGUGCGGCUUGUGGGGUGCCCCUGGAAACUGCGGAGACAGCUUUCCCCUCGUCUUGUCCAGCCUCGCCGACGCUGUCUUUUUCAUCCUUCUCUGCCGCCGCCUCGCCUGCGAGCUUCGUCGCGAGGCCGCGGAGUGGGUCGGUCUCGGAUCACGUGAGAGUGGGGAAAACGCAAAACGACGGAGGCAGACAGCUUCAGAAGUCGGUCGUCUGUCGGCAGGCGACCUACGACACUCUCCGGCUUGUCCGGAGAGUUCAUGCAGGCUCCCCGUUCUUUCUGCCUCCACUCCCGCCUCUCCCAAAGACAGUGAAAACGAAGAGCGUGGAGGCGGCCCGAGAGCAGACGGACGGCGACGCGGAAACCGCCGAACAGGUUUCACUGUGUCUCAGGGAAGGCGGCGACUUCCGCGACCAGGCGACGGACCAGCAGUCACUCGCGCAUGCACAGCCACCAGACAGCGCCAGCGAUGGGACCGAGACAAGGCACUCCACCCACGGAGUGAGAGGGUCCCGAGCCAGCGCGGCUCCUGAGCCUCGUCCGAAGACUCCUGACCUCUCUGCAACACCGUCCAUCGCGUCUCCGCUGGCAUCCUCGUGCUCGGCUCUAUCGUCGUCGGGGCCUCCACACACCUCUACGACUCCGUGCGGUUCCACGUCUUCUUUUUCUUCUUCGCUCUCUGUUUCUGCUUCGCUGCUGCCUGCGUCACGGACUCUGGCGAAUGUGCUACCGGCAGGUUUACUGUCGCAUGUGCGAGGCCGCAUCGUCGGCGGCCGAGCUCGCGGGGCGCGGGAAGAGAGCGAGGCGGCUCUCCAGAGGAACGAAACGAUCGAGCAAGGGCAACUCGUGAAGCUCUGCAACUGGGGUGAGGCUGCCUUCUACACUUGGGUGCAGAUGCACUCAAAGAAAGGGGAACCUGAGGAAACGGACUCCGGCGAAGACGUAACAGUGACGCUGCAGGCGCUCGAAACUCUCUUCGGGCGCCUUCAGCGUCCACGCAAGAACUCACGCGAGAACUCAGGCGAACUGCAGAGGAAAUCGAAGGAUGAGAAUCCGACGGGCAGCGAAACACUCGCCGUCCACACGACUCGGAUGCCUCGCCAGGAGGCAGUGCCGUCCGCUGUCCUCUCCUUUGAUCCUCAACAGGUCCUGGACCUUCUGCGGAUUCAGCCGGAUGGUGUCGCUAUCAGCGAGCCUCCGUCUGCCUCUUCCGUCGCUUCGGAUGCUCUGUCUCCUUCUUCUGUUUCGUCCGACGUCGCCACCGAGCUAGCCAAGUUCAUGCCUCGCUGCCACCGCGUCUUCUGGACGCAUGCGUGGGCACUGGCGGAGCCGCCGUCCACUCGGAAAACAAACUGCGAGGGAGGAAGGAAGAGGUGCCAUGGCGACGAAGGGAUGGGGGAGAAAGAAGGAGAGAGUCGACUGCCACGAAGCCCCACUGAGCCUCGCGAUGCUUCCGUCGCUGACGUCGACCGCAGAUCUCGUUCUGCGUUGAAUUCCUCUCAGCAGUCUGUGCCACAAGGCUCCUCCGGGGAGGCCUCGCGUUCUUCUUCUUCGUCGGCUUCUUCUUCUUGUCGCGGGAGUUCGGGGCCGGAGUCUCGCGGUGCUCCGUUGGCGUUUCCUGCCUCGUCUGCGUGCGGCUCGCGAUUUGCCUGCGCUGUGGCGUUGGCCGACCUCGCGCAGUUCGUCCGACCGUGCGUGAUGGAUAUAAAGAUGGGCAUCCAAAUGUACGACCCGAGCUGUACAGACGCUGGGAAGAUUCAGCGCAUGCAGGAGAAGGCGCGAGGCCGGUCGGUCGGCUCCCAUGGCUUCUUCAUUUGCGGUGUGUCGGCGGGGGCGGUCGACAGCGGGACUGCACGGGUCUCUGAGGAAAUUUCGACAGAAGCAGGCAAAUCGAAAGUUCUGGAGAGCGAGACGACGGAAGACUUGUGUGGCGGCUCCGAAGCGUGUGACGAGUGCAACAGGGGCGCAGCACAGGACGCCGGACAGGUCGCUCCUUCCUCUCUGAGGCCCUUUGUGUUGUCGUCGCAAGAGGCGUAUGCGGUGACUCAAGACGAGGCGUUCCUCCGCGUCUUCACAAACUUCUUCUGCGUCAAUAACUCGACCGAACUCGCUGCGAGGCUGAUCCGCAAGUGUCUGGGGAAGCUUGCGACUCUGCAAAGAUUCUUCGAGCGUCAAAAGCAAGUCUCGUUCUACGGUUCGAGCCUCCUCUUUGUGUUCGACGCGGACCCGGCUCCUGACCGCUUGCCGGUUCUCCGGGACUCCUCAGAUGGACCACCGGCUCUCUCUGUUCGGCGAACUCAAUACGCUGGAACGACGCAGACGCAAAGGCCGCCUGUCUUGCAGCAGAACGACAGAAGGGGAGGGGGGAAUGCGGCGAGGCGCCGCGACGCCCACAGAGCCGCGGAUGUCGAAUGUGCAGAAUGUGGGCGAAAGAGAGAAGCAGUUUACGACGCAAUUGUCGAAAGUUUCGGCGUGUACAUGGUCGACUUUGCCCAUGUGAAUUUCAGUCGAAAACAACAUGACCGCGGCUACCUUUUUGGCCUCGCCAACCUCCAGAGGCUGUUCGCCCGCGUCCUACACAGUCUCGGUUCUUCGCCUUCUCCGGCGAUAGCGGAGGCGGCGGUCGUGAGCGAAGAAGAGACGAGAGCGAAUUCAUCAGAAAGUGGAGAAAAGAAAAACGAGGCUGAGCCAAAGCACGACAGGGAGGGAAGGCCGUAAACACGCACUCAAUAGGGAUUGGGAAAACCACAAGGAACGGAACGAAGGAAAGGCGAAGGCGGGCAUCACACAGAUACAGUGUGUCAAGGGAGAUGCAUGCAAGACGUGUAUCUGAGGUCUGCGGACAGAAGAUCAGACAUGGAAAGGAGACAAAAACGCCUUCAAGAGGUGACAUUUUGUACAGACAGGCUACGCGAGAAGAAAGGGGAAAUGCGGGGACCGGCGAUGACAUUGACAAUGUGCUUGUUCCAGUGUCAUUUUUUUCUUGGGUCGGCUUCUCGGAGAUCUUUGGCGGACCUACUUGUCAGUUGACACAAAGCGACUGUGUUUUUUUGGUUCUUUUCGGCUUUUCAAGUUCUCUCUCCUUCGCUCGCCAUGCCGCCUGUCCCGCGCAGGCAGCCAAAUUAGGAAACUGCGGAACAGCGUCACACCCGUACAAAAAUCGGAGUUUCAUCUCUCCCGUGUGCGGAGCGAGCUCGCCGAAAGAGAGGCAAACUACCAUCUCGCUUGUGUCCGCAGAAACCACAAACUCUAAUGAAUAUGGAAGCGAACGUCGUAGUCGUUGCGAAGGUGAACCGCGACGAAU